CCCCCUUCGUGUUCGGAGGUACCGCUGGAGUGAUCGUAGAGGGUAACAAAACGGCAGAGUACGGUGAUACGCCGACGUAUGUGGCCCGAUCGACAUUUACAUCGGUGAAAGCUAGCCGCAGCCAUGGCGGUGGGAGUAGCGAAUAUUUGAUUUUGGCUCUGAAUGGAUUUUUUGGGGGUUUUUUCUCUGUUUUUUUUUCGCGUUUUCCUAUUCGAUUUGAAUCCACCUGUUUCUGGUUGCUUGAUUCCUGUGGCGAAAGGGUCAAAGAAUCAUAAGAAAUGUCAAUCACCUCAAAAUGAAAUUAGGAAAUCCGUGAAGGAAAUCGCGACACUGGUGCAGACAUCAACUGAUGCGCAAGGUAAGUCGUUGACUGAUGAAGGCGAGGGAUCAAAUGUUGCAGAAAUCGUUGACUGAAGAAGGUGAGGGAUCAAAUGUUGCAGACAAGGUGACUGAUGAAACUCCUGAACCAGUUUCCAGCAUUGCACCACAGAAAACCUGGGCAGGUCUCUUUCAUGACAAUAGAGAUACCUCCCAAGGUAUGCAACUGGAAUAUUUCCCACUCACAGGAGAUGAAGUUAUGCUUAUAGAAGAGGAAGACAUUUCCCCCCUGGUCCAGACUUGGUUUUUUCACAAGUACUUUCUCGGGAUUGAGAGCUGUUAACUCUUUGGUUGAUUCUUGGGGUGUCCCAUUUACCAUUCUGCUUCAUGAUCAUGGCUGGGUUAUUUCCAGUUCAAAAUAGAAGAAGAUAGAAACCUGGUGCUCAUGGGUCGUAUAUGACUUAUGGAAAAACUUUGAUUUUGAGAAUUCUGCCAAAAAACUUGACGUUUGAAAGUAGAGCUUUUAAGAUUGUACCCAUCUGGAUACAACUUCCGUCUAUUCCGUUGGAGUGUUGGAAUAAAAAAGCAAUUGCCAAAAUUGCUUCGAGGGUAGGGAAACCAAUCUGUUCAGACAAAGUCACGAAUGAAGGAUCCAUGCUUGGUUUUGCAAGGGUACUGGUUGAGGUUAAUAUUUCAAAGGAACCAAUUACCUCAUUCAAGACAGAUGUUGGUGCUCUUUGUGCCCCUGUAACUGAGUCUACUGGUGUCCCUUUUGCCCCUAUUGUUGAUGUUCAAGGUGUCCCUGAUAAUAAUGUUUGUGAUGUUUCUUAUGUUGAUGCCUCUGUUAGUCAUGUUGCUAAUAUUGGUGCCUCUGUGAGUGAUGCUAUUGUUGUUGAUGCCCCCUGACUACUAAUGCCCCUAGUGCAGCCUUGGUUUGUGCCCCUGUUAAUGCUGCUCCGGCAGCCCCUGUUAAACUUGCUGAUUCACAAGUUUCCCUUGUGGCUUUGGAUUCGGAGAGUGCAGUUUCCUCUGCUAUAUUGGAAGCUCAACUGAGAUAGCAGUAGCUCCCAUAAAAGAGGUUGCACCAAAGAGGUAACAUAGAUGUCUUUAUUGAUAUUUCUCAUUUUCUUCUAUUUAGUUGUUGUGCCGACUUGUAUUAUUAUAGGAAGUCAGCGCGUGAUAGGUGCGGAGGGAUACAACCGGACAACCGUGUAUAGCUGCAAAGAACCUUAGACUUGGGUUCAAGGUAAAUAUUGUCUUUUUAAAUUUGGCCACAUUAGAUACGUAGUAUAAGAAAACACAAUAGUUACCUUUAUAAUGCUAUGAGCUGAGUAUGAUAAUAUUUUCAUCUUCAAUUUCAGUUUUAAUAAGAUAACUUCAAUAUUUUGACAUUGAUAAUAUUUUGACAUUGAUAAUAUUUGUUCUGAGUUUAAUUAUAUAUAUUUGUAUCAUUAAACCUUAUUGUGUAACCGAGUAUGAUAAUAUUUUCAUCUUCAAUUUCAGUUUUAUCCUAGUGUGUUGUACAUGAAAUUCAAAUGGAAGAUGUAUUGGGCAUGAACAUAGAGAGAAUGGUAGAGG